UGCAUGCCACCGAGCUGUAGCCCGGAGGUGGAGGGUGGGCUUUCUUCAAGGCCAUUCCCUAGCUCUCUAAACUAGAUAGCAGGAGGAGGAAGAUAACAUCUAGCUUCUGCUUCCUCUUUGGUUUUCUUCGUCCUUCCUUUUUUCUUUGUUUUUAAUUUCUUUCUUCGAUCUAAACUCGCCUACCAUCGAUCCUUACUAGCAUCCUUGCUGUUUUUUCUUCCCCAAGGAUUUUGCUAGCUAAUCUCUCUUGCAGAUUUCACUUCAAACUAAUACAACUUCUCUCAGCUCUUAACCAUCGAGUUCUCCUUUUAUAUACUUCCUUUUAUUUCCAUUCAGCAAUCAAUAUCGAAAACCUGUCUUUUUGAGAGCAAAAUAUAGCGCAAAGACUACUUAAGAAGCUUUUGUCCGAUAGAAGAUCAACAAAAACAAGAUGGAAAACGUUCUCCUGGAUCGAUCAUCUAGAAGCCUUGAGUUCCCGAAGAGGUCCCAGCUUGGUCGCAGCCGGCGGGGGCCAGCAGCUGGCGCGAGGCCGGCGGUGCCGGGCGGCGGCUCGUACAGCUCCUUCCCGACGUGGCAGCAGCCAUUCAAUCAUCACCUGCAGAAAGGUGGCGCGUGGACCUCCGCUCCCGCGCUUCCAUACGCGAGGCCUCCGACGAUGAUAUACUCGUCGCCGUCUCUUCCUCUCCUGCCGUCCAACCAGCCGCCGCUCCUGCCGCUCCCACCCACCGCCACCAAGUACGCUACUUUCCCCUGCCUACCACCAGCAGCUCCAUCUCCACCACCGCCGGCGCCACGCGCCGCCGGCAAGGCAGCAGCAGCAGCCCCCGCGCCGCUGCCACGCCAGAGGGACAGGAGGAGGAGGCCGUCAAGGCCGCCGCCGCCGGCGACGGAGAGGUCUGCAGCGCAGAAGAAGCCGCUGGAGCGGGCGACGCCUCUGCCGCCCGCGCCAGUGGUGACGGAGGCACUGGACGACCUCGAGCAGGAGGUGGCCAGGAACUUCGUUGAGGACCUGCUGCACAUGCUGGCGCCGCCGCCAAGCAGCCUGCCGCUGCCCAGCUUCUCCCUCGUCGUGAAAGCCUGCCCUGCCAAGGACACCAGAUUGGUGGCGCCGGCCGCGCCGUCCUGCAACGUGGAGGCCGCCACCGCCGACGGCAUCCGCGGCCUCCUCCGUCUGUAGGACAGCAGGAGAAGGCCAACCUGGCGUGCUUGGUAUUCCAUAAUUAAUAUUUCCCCGCCAAUAUUAUUUCUUUGGUUGGGAAAAUUAAAUGCGUACUAAAGGUGGAAAAAUAAUGGAAGAAAAGAUGUGACGCUCGAGCCAUGGUCGGUCGAGUUGUCCGUAGUGUGACUGUGAUGUUGGCGUUGGAUGGAUGCUACCUCUGGCGGGCGGUGCAAAAGCGAGAGGAAGACGACGACGAUGUCAGCUAAGGUUAGUUUGUGUGAGACGUUGUAUGGUAGAUAUCUAGGGUUUUACGUUAGUGUCUACCACCGUACUCCACUAUAUAUACUGCUUUUCUUGAUUGGGUGAUGUGUUUUUGAAUUACCUUGUAUCAAGAGUUGACUACAUAUAUACGAUGUAUGCAAGUGUGUGACGUUAUUAUAUAUAUAUAUACAGAAACUGUGUGGCUGUGUGCUUCAUAAGUAUAUUGAAAUGUUGAAAUGUU